CUACUCUUCCGCUGCGCUCUGAUGACGUUUCAGGAAACAACCCUCCUGUCGUCAGGGUGAAGGGUCAAGCGUUGUGAUUGUGGCGUUGUUUGCUAGGGAGGGUACAACGAUGUGGGUUCCGCGGCCGGGGGUUCUGCGGGCGCUGAGGGGGCUGGUAGUCUUCCAAGGGAGGCGACUUUCGGGAGUUGCUACGCAGCAACAAGGUAAAGGCAAUGUUGAUGAAUCUGCGCUUCGGCCACUGUACUUGGAUGUCCAAGCAACUACUCCUCUGGACCCCAGAGUUCUGGACAGCAUGCUGCCUUAUCUUGUACAUUACUAUGGCAACCCACACUCCAGAACUCAUGCAUAUGGUUGGGAGAGUGAGUCUGCCAUGGAAAAGGCCAGACAACAAGUUGCAUCAAUAAUUGGAGCAGAUCCUAAAGAAAUUAUUUUUACCAGUGGGGCAACAGAAUCAAACAAUAUAGCAAUCAAGGGUGUUGCAAGAUUCUAUAAAUCAAGAAAGAAACACAUAAUUACCACCCAAACUGAGCACAAAUGUGUGCUAGAUUCUUGUCGUGCCUUAGAAGCUGAGGGCUUUAAAGUUACAUAUUUGCCUGUAAAGAAAAAUGGGAUGAUAGAUUUAAAGAACCUAGAAAAUGCGAUACAACCUGACACGAGCUUGGUUUCAAUAAUGACUGUGAAUAACGAAAUAGGAGUGAAGCAGCGAGUAAGUGAUAUUGGUCAGAUCUGCAGUUCUCGCAAAGUUUUCUUUCAUACAGAUGCUGCUCAGGCAGUUGGAAAAAUCCCCCUGAAUGUCAAUGAUAUGAAAAUUGACUUAAUGAGCAUCAGCGGUCAUAAGAUCUAUAGUCCCAAAGGGGUUGGUGCCAUUUAUAUUCGACGUCGGCCAAGGGUGAGAGUGGAACCCCUACAGAGUGGGGGAGGUCAGGAGCGAGGAUUGCGUUCUGGAACUGUGCCAACUCCUCUUGUAGUGGGCUUUGGAGCAGCUUGUGAACUGGCACAACAGGAGAUGGAGUAUGACCAUAAGCGAAUUAGCUUGUUAGCUGAGAGACUUGUAACAAAAAUAAUGGCAGAAAUUCCUGAUGUGGUAAUGAAUGGAGAUCCAGUGGAUCGUUAUCCAGGUUGCAUCAAUUUAUCCUUUGCUUAUGUGGAAGGAGAAAGUCUGUUGAUGGCUCUUAAAGAAGUGGCUCUCUCAUCUGGAAGUGCUUGCACAUCUGCAUCUCUGGAACCAUCAUAUGUAUUGCGUGCAAUUGGAACGGAUGAAGACUUGGCUCACUCAUCCAUAAGGUUUGGUAUUGGUCGUUUUACUACUGAAGAAGAAAUAGAUUAUACAGUAACGAAAUGCAUUCAGCAAGUCAAGAGAUUAAGAGAAAUGAGUCCACUGUGGGAAAUGGUUCAGGAUGGAAUUGACCUGAAGAACAUUAAAUGGACACAACAUUAAGCAAGCAGACCACUUGUAAUCUUGGACUGCAUGAAUAUGUAUUAAACAGAUAUAUUAUGUACAUUCCUGAGUAAAAUUAUGUGGCGCUUUCUCAUGGUUUAAAAUACACAAUCUAAACACACAGCUUGGAAACUAAAGCGAAGAUGAAAUUUUGUCAAGAUGUACAUUAUAACAGGACAUAAGCAAAUAUACAUGGAUACAGUACUUAUAUUUUGAGAGUGAUGCUGAUAAAGCUUAGUAUGAAUAUUCA